AUGGCCCUUAACAAGAAGACAUUAAGUCUAAUUUCCAUUUAUGCCCUUCUAUUCUCUACCCUAUAUCGUAGGACAACUUCAUCACGUAGCCCUUCCCCUUCUCCUACGGAGUCAACCUCAUUCCCUACCCCUAGCUCCUCCCAACCCCCUUCCGAAUCCAGUAGCAGCCCCAUCUCUCUUUCUGAAAUGUUUGAACUUGCAUUACCUGAUAUUGGUAUACAAAAGCCAGUCGUUGCACCACAGACUGAAGGAUCUAAAGUCGCAUGCAAACAACUAGAAGCAAUCGAACAUAGAAUUUCUGAGUUUAAAGUAAUUGUCACGAAAAGAUUGGACGACCCGAACACACCAGAAGGGACCAAAAGUUGCCUCUCACAGUGCCUGGACAACUUUGAUGACGCCAUUAAUGGCGUCAAAACAGGCAUUGAUAGCAUCAACAAGAAAGAUCAAUCUAAAGCUAAUAGUGACGUAAGUGGUAUCACCACGGAUAUUGAGACAUGCAAUGACUGUUUCAUGGAGACGGAUGGAGAGGAUAAAGAGGUUAAAGCGUUUAAUGAUUGGAUUCAAGGGGUUAGUAAAGAUUGUCUUAACAAUCUCAAGAGCGCAUAA